CCCUGCUCCUCCAUUACCUGAUCGAGGGUUGCGUUCAGCGGUUGGACUACACCGUGCUGAAGCCGUUGUUGCCACCCAAAAUGGAGUACAUAUUUCCUGACAUCGGGAAAUCCUGGUGCAAGUUCUUCAAUGAAAAGGAGAACGACAGCCAUAAAACAGACCUCAUGGAACCAAAGAAGGUCAUGUCUGCCAUCAGUGCCAUGCCAUCGGCCAUCUUCCUUCAGGAUCAGGUUGCCAUCCUCAAGGCACAUCAAGGACAGGAGUGUGAUGCAAAAACUAUUCUACAACUACAGCAAUUGUGCUCUGCUAUUCAGACAGCUGCUCGGCUGCUACUAAGAGCCCUUUCUCCUCCAGCUGCUCUAAUUGCCCGGGUCACCACUCUCCUUGAGCAGCUCAGCAAUCUAACUACAGAGCUUCAUCGGGAUGGCGGCAUUGAAGUUCGUGACAACAGUGAAGUAUGGCGAGACCUGGGCUGCAGUUUUGAGGACCUAGUGUCCUCCAUUCUUAAGUGCUUAGAUCUAUGGCUUGAGAAACGGCUGGGUGAGCUUCACACUCAUCUCAGUGACAUCAAGAAUGCCGUCAAGAAUCUAAGAACUGAGAUUCUGUCAAAAUUUAUAUGCAAAGAUGAGCUUUAUUCCCUUGUGCUAACUGCAGUGCGAAGAAUAUCGGGAGGAGUGCAGAAGAUUCAAUGUUGGAUGCUAUUCAUGCCUGACCAGUCUAAAGAAAUUUUAAGCAUUUGGAUGAUGCAGUUGUACGCUGUGAUACUGAUGUUACCUCAAGCUACUGUUGUGUUAGCUCACUGUCACUGUACAAAUGAACGAAAUGCAAAAAUAUUGAACAAGUCUUGUGCAAGUUUACUUGUUGUUCUCAAACGACUGGAAGAAAUCAUGGAUGAAAUUCGCUCUACAACGUCCUUGAAAUGCGUAAAUGGGAACAAAAAAUAUGACGAAAAUUCUCAGGGUGGCUUCCUGAAAGCUGUUGAUGAAGUUCUUGAAUUGUUGAGCCAAACUUCCCUACGUCCUGAUGACCAAAAUGUUCAGCCUGAACAACAAAAUACUGAAGUUGAUGAGGUGUUGAAUAGAUGCUCCAAAGAACAAGAAUUUUCUCGUCACCCAAAAAUUUCCGAUGGUAAUUCUAUUGACGCACAUCGUGUUGAUCUGAAGAAAAAUUCUCCAAGCAAAUGUGUUCUUGAUAACUCAACUCCUCUGAGCCAGCGCGUCAAAGGACCCCUGGAAGAAAUAUUGCGUCAUGUGAUCUCUAUUGCAUAUUGUAGUUCACAGGACGACAGUAAGAUCAUCAUGUCGCAAGGUGAAAAGUUGCUUUCCUGCUUGAAGAAACUCGUGGAUGUUGAGUCCUCAAAUUUACACAUCAGCAAACAAGACUUCGCAGCAACAGAUGGUUAUGAGCUGGAUUUUAUGAUGGCAUGUGAAGAUCUGUCCGAGUGCGUGGAGAAGUUGGAGCAAACUGCCAACACUUGUCUCAUUCGCUGCUAUGUGCGCUCUUUUGCUAGUGUCACGGAGCCUUUCAACAAACUUAUUAGCUCCUACAGAGCUGAGAGUGAUUCGUGCAAGUCCCGCGAUGCAAGCUCAUCACGUUCUCUCCCACACCUGCAAGAAUGCGUUGCUGAUCUGGAUGAGCACAUUGACAAAAUAUUUCAGAUAGUGGCUUUUGCGGCUGCAUCUUCUACUGACAAGUCUCGGAGCAGUACUGUGCGUCACUGCCUGCUCAGCUUGGAGUGGCUGGAGUCUGAACUCGUCACAUUCGUGCUUCAGCAACACGCUCACCCCCAAACCAAAGACGACUCGGACACGUGGUGCUCCAAGCAGCACAUCGGAAUGCUGACGAAGCAUUGGACGGAGGCGGCUCUUGUUUUACAGCGUUGCCUGGAUGCGUCUCUAGACCCUGCUGCCUUUGUAAUGGUGACCCAGAGUGAAGUGCACGCGGCCUGGUGGGAAGUGAAACAGAACUUGUAUUCUCAGGACGUGGCGAUUGUACACGAACCUGUAAGGCGAGUACUGAACCUUGUGAAGCGUGUCGUCGUCGACAUGGAUGCUGCAGAUGGCUUCUUGAACGACCUGCAGAAGGAACAGUUUUCCAAAGCAAGACAAGAGCUGAAUCGGAGCAUGACAAGCGUUUUGGGUGCUCCUGAGAACCUACGUUUACGUCGUUCACUUCUGAAGCGCGUGCAGCUGACUCUCACGUUGCUCACUAGGCUGUCAUCCUCCCUGCACAGCUCAACACUCAGGCAAAAUAGUGCACUUCAGCAGCAUGUCAUGCAUCCCAACCUGGACGCUGCCAAGAGUAACUACGCUGCGGAAAAGAGAAAGAUCACUGUGUCCAAAACUGUCUCUACUGAACAUGCGCCCAGUGAUUGGUUAUUCUCAUCCGACAUCGCGAACAUUCCUCGUGACGUAGCUACUCCGUUUCAAAAUUCAUCGCUAUCUGGAAAAAUUCCUGUCACAUCAAGGACUCCUUGCGUCAACCUUACCGAUGAAGCAUCCUGUUGUGGGAAGGACAUUACUGAAGAUGCAACAUCAGCUGUCAAUUCUAACCCAACCCCUAAACUUAAUUCUGAGUCCAGCGUGGCAAAAACUAAUGGCAAUAUAAAAUCUUAUCUAAAUAGUGAAGAAAAUAUAGAAGACGUGCACUUUGCCUACGAAAAUAGCGAUAACAAGACAACGUGUGGAGAUGAGAGGAAAAACUCUUGUGUCGUUUCUUCUGUUCGUGAUGCGCUCUCUCCCCCUACUCCCAAUUUCUGGUGUAAUGUUGAGAACGGCUCUGUGGAUAGCAUGUGCGACGACACAACUUUUGACCUCACUCGUCUGCUGGCCGCAAAUCCUCAGGACGCUUCCGUCAGGUCCUCCAUACGCGCCUCCGUCAGGAGCCGACUUCUUAAAGGUUUACGCGGCGCAUCCGGCAGAGGCUUAUCGCCAAGAGUAAAAGGCAUCAAUGUUGAUCUCACCGGAUUCCUAAGUCCUGCCUCAAAAUCUACUGUUGCGAAUGGGGGUGUGAGAUGUCAACCUUCUCAACUGCCUCCGCUUCCGGCAAGAACUGCUCGUCGCAUUGAGACCAACAACAAACCUCAUGUAGAGGACCCAAAUUCUUUGCCGCCGGUUGGUGAUUGUGUUUCUGUGAUCGAGGAACUGAGCAAGGCACAAGUCGACGUUGAUGAGGAGCAUCACCCUGCGGAGGAAGAGCAAGGUUUGGUGACCACGUCGCUUGUGCAAGAACUCACAGGAUUGUUGGAGAAUUUGACAAGUCUGGCCUCGAGCUUUACCUCUUGCUCUCCUGCUUGUGACGAUGAUGGCAUCAGUGCCUCCAAACCUGCACGCCAGAAUGCGACGCAAGAAUCCUCUGAAGUCCAAAGCAUUCAAACUUCAAGUAACAAAUCUACUGCUAUUAUAGAUGACACAAGCUUAGGUUAUAUCCUGGAAACGUUUGAAAAGUCUGACCAGGCAACGAAAUUAGUAAACGAGUUGCCAAAGGAUGGAAGUGAAGUCCUUCGUGGCAUCAAGCUUCACGGAAUUUCAUUUUCUCCCAAAUUCCCUGAUAUCGAGUCGAAAGAUUCAGGCGAAAUCUCCUUUGAUAUCUCCCAUCCAUUGCCUACUGACAGCAAAAAUUUAACUGGAAACUCGGCCGUUUGGGAAAAUUUUACUCUUAUCGUUGAUGACGAAACUACUCAGCAACGCCGAAUGUUGAAAUUUGUUGAUAAAUUCAUGAGCACUAAUCAAGUAGUUGCCUCUUUGAUUCAAGAAGUUGACGAAGAGUUUUCUGGCGAAAGGAAUCUGCAACAUCAUUCUAAAAAAUCAAACGAUGAAAGCAAGAGCACUAUUACAGCUUUUGUUGAAACGAGUUCAAAGUCUAAAUGUAUUGAAAAAAUUCAUCAUGCAAAUAGUGACUGUGACACCAAGCAAACCUGCCAAGGGACUUCAUCUGUAUCUACUGCCAGUCAAGAGACAAGCGCCGUUACUGCGUCUCAAGUCUCUUAUUCAAUGAAUGGCAUUGCUUCUUUCAAGUCGAGUGUGGCUUCUGUUGCUACUCCAGAUAGUGUUGCAAUUGAUUCACCGCAAAGAAUGUUUGAUAUUCAGACUUUGCGUUCUAAAUUGGCUAAAUUGAGGUACAAAUUUAGCCGGUACUAGUUUUUUUUUCACUCAAGGUCAGUUCUUGUUGCAUGUUCGCAUCUUCUUGUUCGAUGCGAACAUGUAGCAUUAGUCGGGUAACUUAAAUAUUUCGACAGCCCAACAACACAUUCUCUCAUUUAGAGAAUUAUGAUAAUUUGGUUAUUCUUCCGUAGGCUUUAAACUACUGGUUUUUCAGUUAUCGGUGUGAAUAAUGAACGCUUUUAUCUGUUGGUCCCCAAAAGUUUUAGAGCAUAGAGGUAGAAGAGGUUUAGAAAUUUUAGAGCAACCUCGUGUGAAAUGGCAUUCCGUCCAAAAAUUAUAUCUGGCCUCAUGUUGACUUGAAAAGUUUGUUUUAAGUGUUUAAUUUUAAAUGAUUUACAGGAAAAUAUGUGUCUUAAUUCAAUUUUAUGACUUUUAAGCUUUAACAGUAUCUUCAGUCAGUUUUAACACAGAAGUUUAAUAAAUAUUCAGUUUUCUUAACCUUAGGAGGUCUUAUUUAUGAGUUUCUUUCUGUAUGAUAAGCAAUAAGCAGCGCAGUGCAGUCUGACGAAAAAUUGGGAAUGACGUUGGUACGUAUACCAGUUCUUUCUCUCGUAAGGAGCGUAGGAAACGUUAUGUUACAUCAUAAUAACAUGAUUUGGGCGCUAAUACCGUCGUCGGUGCUGCGCCGUAUCUUAACCAAGUAACCAAUAACAUGAUUUGAGUUUAAAUAAAUAUGUACCUCAACCUUCCUGUAGAUUUCGGGUCAAAAUGACCUGCAUUACCGUCCCGAUGUCCACAGGGCGUAGGGCGUGUACCCGAAAUGAAGACAAAAGUAGGUAUAACUCCACGCCUAUGAUUAGUCAUGAAAUGCAUCGGAUCCUAACCGAAUCGACACAGAAACGACUUUAAACCUACCGUCCGUUGAAAA